GUCGUCAGUGGUCAGUCUGAGUCUUCCUUCCUUUACAAUUCACAUAGUCGAGUCGUUAGGGAAUGGUUGUAAAAUUGUUCGUUGUUCGCAUCUUGUGGAUAUUUUUCGUCAAAAAUUUAUUGGUGUUGAGAUUACGUUGAGUGAAAUCAUGUCUUCGCUCGAACCUCUGUGCAAUUUUCGGCGGAAUCCGUGUAGCUUGGAACUUAUAGCUUCGGUGGUGUCUGCUGCGGUGUUGUGUCAUCAAGCUGCCAUGAUGAACCCGACCAAUCCUCCUGAAAAAGUUCAAGAGAUCAUCGCAUUGCCACCGGCCAUAGAGCAAAAGAUCGAACGAUUUAUGCCGUUUGUUAAAGAACAGAUUACAUGGUGGAACAAUUUUUACGAUAGAGAGGUAUUCUUUAAUAGACCGCGUCGUCGAGCUUCCGAUUAUUUUCACGUGUUGGUUUGGUCGGACGAUGGUACCAUUAAUGGGGAAGAAACCGCUCGAGAGAUGCUGAAGCAAGACGACCUGAAUGCCGAAGAGAAAUACAGAAUCGCGUGUAAUCAUUGUUUGGAAAAUGAGAUCAAGACGUUGAGAUCGAAUUUGAAGAGAAAGAUUAACUUAUUGCGAAACGCUGAACGACGUCGUCUGUUGGUAUAUUACUGGGAACGCGUUUGCAGAAAUGAAAAGACUACCAUGUCUUCGACAACACUAUUCAACAGUGAUGAAUUAUUUUAUCCAGUCUGCUCUGUUGAUUAUUUCAUGAAUCGUUUAACUUUCAGGGAGCGGUUCUAUUUACAAGAUUCCUAUUUGCAGAAAACAACAUUCAGAAGUUGGGAAAACUUUCUGAUGAAAUUGAGUCACAAUGAACUGGAGAGCCUAUUCAAUGAUCUCGGAUACCUCCGUGGAAACCGAGACCUAUACCUUUUCGAUUAUUUGAUGAUGAGAUUCUGGAUGCAUGCAGAUUUUGUGGUGCAAAUUUGGAUGCGUAUACGAGGCAGAUAUUAUUAUUAUAAAUUUUCUGAGCUAUUGGAAAAGCGUUUGAAAUGCGAAGAUUCUGCAUUCCAAUCGACUGAUCAUAUUUCUCUGGCCGUGGAAAUCUUCGAUCUCGCUCCUUACCAUUUUCGAAAAGGUGCAUUUAAUGCGUACAUAAAUCAGGUGUGGUGGGAUCGUGAUUCAAACUUGACCGAUGUGAGAUUAGACGUUGCCAUUUUAUCAACCGUUGAUCCGGAUUACAGUCGAUGCAAGUUUUGGGCAGAAAAUUGGAUCAAUUUGUUUAAAAAGUAUCCCGCGGAUUGUUUCGCGCAAUUUAUGAAUGUAUGUUGUGGAGAAGAAGGAUCUGAAGAAUUCAAGAAGAAAGUUAUGGAUAUGGAUGUUGAGAAUUCUCGAAUUUUACAUUAGAAUUAACGCAUUUUCCCCCUAUUUAUGAGGAAUUGUUUUAUUUAAUUUGUUUGAUUAGAGGGUAGGAUUGUGUUUCAAGGUUUCUCUUUGAUUUUUGUUUACCAAUGUAUUAAUUAAUCGCAAGUAAAAAAUACAA